AUGUUCUCACCACACUUCCACGACCUUAUUUACAACUUUGAAAGGACGUCAAAGAAGCCAAUGGGAACCAUCCUAAAAUCAAUGACCAUCUCUGCCACUACAUUUUCCGAUUUUUCCAAUAGCCUCCUUAGAGCUGCUGACUGGAGCAUGUCGAAGUUCAGAGCCGGGGAAUGGUUGGUGGACAUCCUCUGCCUCAUUCCAAUUCACAUCGCAGUGACGAGAGAGAAUCGUUUCAUUCCACUCAAGGAUGGUGUAUAUUCAACCGAACUUGAGAAGUCCCUCCUCGGUGCAGAUGUUAACCGUAUUGUCAAUCACCUGUCUUUUGGUUGGUAUGAGUCUUUGUUCCAGUCAUACAUGGCGAAAAAACCGGUCAAAGUUGUGUCGUCUAUGGGCGAACAAUUGGUGGGGAAGAGCUUUUCCUUGAACCACCUUGUGGAUACGUCAUUCGCGGGAUCGGCGAUGCAUAUGACAGAAGAGGUUUGGAUGUCAGUAACUCCGACUAAAGAUGCUCUUAUUGUUGCUUUGGAUUUUGAAGGUGUUCAUAGUAUUGAGCGUUCUGCUCAAGAAGAUAUAUUGCUCGCGCUAUUCAAUACUGCGAUCUCUAACUUGGUGCUAUUCUGGAGCAACUUCGCCCUGAGCCGAGACAUCGCAAGCUUAUGCCAGUCGUUCCAAUCAAGCUCGAUCAUCCUCGACCCAGCAUCUAACCCGAGUCUAUUUCAAUCAACGUUAGUGAUCAUAAUUAAAGAUGUCGUGGAUUCGGACAACGCAGAAAUCACUAGAGAGUACGCUCCAGUCAGUGUCCCCAUGAAUGCAUACUCAAAUUGUCACCCUGGACCCAGGUUCACCCUCAAGUUUCAGACCACAUCCUCAGCGGAGGCGGCGAUAUGA